UGGGGGCGGGUUCAAAUAGGAGUGGCAGCCAUCUUGAACGGCUGCUUGACUCUUUCGUAGUCAGCUAAAACAUAGAGUCCACCAGACAAACAGCGCAGACGGAACCGGCUAGUUCACUUAUCAGAGGGUUGGAGGAACGUGAGAGAGACGUGAGAGGACGCAGCGGCUCAGUGCAGCUCAACAAGAUGGCUAGCUGAACGCUAAACAGUGUGCCAGUACUUGACAGCUAGCUAAGCCCUCCCGAUGUAUGCUUUUCCAUAGAACGAUGGCAGAUUCCAUCUAUGCUAAGCCCUAAUUUGCUAAAGAAAUCCACGUUUAGAAGAUUUCUAAAAAAAUUCAGAAGAGGAAUUUGUUUUUGUUGACACUUGAUGUCCUAGAAAUUGAGGAACCUGCCGAGAUAAAAAACGAUUUGGACAAUUUACAUUUGGAUCAUUCUUAAAGUCUCAAGAAGGAAGGACAACCUGAAGUGUUGAGUGGUCCCAGCAGAGUGGACUCACUUCAUCUAGAGACUGUUAGAGAUUUUAUUGCUAUUGGAACAGAAAAAAAUAAAGUGAAGUAAACAUGAGUACCGCCAGGACGGAGAACCCAGUGAUUUUGGGCUUGUCCAACCAGAAUGGACAGCUCAGAGGCUCAGUGAAGCCUGCUGGAGCACCAGGUGGAGGUGGAGGUGGAGGCGGAGGAGGCCCUCUACAACAGCAACUUAAUCAGAUGAAAGGCACAAUCAACAAUGGUAAUUCCCAACUGGCCCCUACAACUAACUCUGUCAUCAAGCCUGGAGAUGACUGGAAGAAAAAUUUGAAAUUGCCCCCAAAAGACAUGAGGAUGAAAACUUCGGACGUGACUGCAACUAAAGGCAACGAGUUUGAAGAUUAUUGCCUAAAGAGGGAGCUGCUCAUGGGAAUCUUUGAGAUGGGCUGGGAAAAGCCAUCUCCAAUCCAGGAGGAGAGCAUUCCCAUUGCACUCUCAGGAAGGGAUAUCUUGGCCAGAGCCAAGAACGGCACGGGAAAGAGUGGAGCCUACCUCAUUCCCUUACUUGAACGUAUUGACCUGAAGAGGGACUGCAUACAAGCUGUGGUCAUAGUGCCCACCAGAGAACUGGCUCUGCAAGUAAGCCAAAUAUGUAUCCAGGUCAGCAAACACAUGGGUGGAGUGAAGGUAAUGGCAACCACAGGUGGAACCAACCUACGUGAUGACAUCAUGAGACUCGAUGAAACGGUACAUGUGAUCAUUGCCACUCCUGGGAGGAUUUUAGACCUCAUCAAGAAAGGAGUGGCCAAAGUCAAUCAAGUGCAGAUGGUCGUUCUAGACGAAGCUGACAAACUCCUGUCUCAGGACUUUGUGCUUAUGAUGGAGGAAAUGCUGGGCUUCCUGUCCAAACAGAGGCAGAUCCUGCUGUACUCUGCGACCUUCCCUCUCAGCGUGCAGAAGUUUAUGAAUGCACACUUGCAGAAACCCUAUGAGAUCAACCUGAUGGAGGAGCUUACGCUGAAGGGUGUGACUCAGUAUUAUGCUUAUGUAACUGAAAGGCAAAAAGUCCAUUGCCUUAACACCUUGUUCUCCAGGCUCCAGAUCAACCAGUCUAUAAUCUUCUGCAACUCCUCUCAGAGAGUGGAGCUCCUUGCCAAGAAGAUCUCCCAGCUUGGUUAUUCAUGUUUCUACAUUCAUGCCAAGAUGAGACAGGAGCAUCGCAACCGUGUGUUCCACGACUUCAGAAAUGGCCUCUGCAGGAAUCUUGUCUGCACUGACCUCUUCACAAGAGGAAUUGACAUUCAAGCUGUGAAUGUUGUGAUCAAUUUCGACUUUCCCAAGCUAGGAGAAACGUAUCUUCAUCGCAUUGGUAGAUCUGGCCGCUUUGGACACUUGGGUCUCGCCAUCAACCUCAUCACUUACGAUGACCGCUUCAACCUGAAAGGGAUCGAGGAACAGCUUGGAACAGAGAUCAAGCCCAUCCCUGGCAUCAUUGACAAGAGCCUAUAUGUGGCGGAGUACCACAGUGAGAGUGGCGAAGAAGUCAAGCCUUGAGCCAAUCAGUCCAUCCUCCAUUCCCCUAUUUCUUUUUUCACCCCUCCCCCCCCGCCCCUUCUUGGAGUUCUCGUUUUAUUUUUUUGUUUUUUUUAUGUACAGUUUCUGUCCGUCUUCCUUUUUUGGAUGCCACCACAAGGAAUGUGUAUUUUGAUGGACGCGUUUCGGAAGAACUCAUUUUGCCUUUUUAAUAGGGCUCUGUGCUGCACCACCACACCCUGAAGACAUAAGCACCGGGAGGAAAGCACGGGACCAAGUCUAAGAUAUAUCAAUGCACAUCGUGAAGAUUCAAAUCCACCAAUGACACGAAGCCAGCACCAACAACAGACCGCUACACGACGCCCUCCAUUCUUCACGUUUUAUUUUUGGAAGUUUUAACCAAUUUGUAUCAAGUGCCUUAACAAGCAGUUCAACUCGUUCUAAAGUAAUAACCCGUCAUUAUCCGUCAUCUCACCGAUUUCAUACCACACAUUCACCUAAUUGAAAAUUUGUUACACUAAUUUAAUGUCCGACCACGUAGGUGAAUACAUAACUGUUUUUGGUUGGGUCAUCGGUUUGCAAGGAAUGGAGGUGAUUAGGAAGGAGGCUGGUCUGAAUUAUCUUUCUGCUGGCUUAGCUGCACUUGAGUCUGGCUGAUAAAUGAGGACAAACUUGGAUGUUCCACGGACAGAGAUGCUGGAUUUUUUUUUCCAAGAGACAGCCAGACUGUCCAGUUGCUUGUGAAGAAGCUUGUGCUUCUAAAAGACCCAGACCCUUUCCUCCGUCUUCAGCAUCAGAACACUAAAAAUGAAUAAGCAGCCUCUCAACACCAUGAGGAUUCCUGUUUCGGUGGAGUUUAUUUGUGGGAACGCUUUUUUCCUUCUUCUUUUUUUGUCCUGUGUUUCACCUUCCUAUGGAUGGCCAUACUUAAUUCUAUGAGAUGUGCAGCCGACAUGUGGGGUGCACCUUACACCUUGUGUAUAUACCUUCAUUUUAAGAUUGUUUUAAACAAGUUCUAAAGGCUGGCCGACAAACUGCAAAGCUUUUUUUUCUCCCCCCCCCCUUCCCCUUUCUCUCUUGUUAGCACUGGAGACGGUUUUCCUUAACUGCCGGUUUGUUUGAUCUGCAAUAUUGGCCUGUGAAUUUAUUUAUAAUUUUAGAAAUUGCAGAAUAUAUUAGAAUUUAAAACAUUUAAUGUCCUUGUGCAUGAAAUGUUUUCGAAGGCAGAGUUCACUGAUAAUCUUUUAGCCCCUUUCAAGUUUGACGGAGAGUGCAAUUCUUCAAAGCUGCACUUAAAUUGAGAUUGUUUAAAUUGUCGCCCUUAUUCUCCCGCUACCAGUGUUAACAAGUGUUCAGUCUAGACAGAUGGCUUAAUGAAUUCUUUGUUGUCACCAGCCUUAACUUGUGAAACUGACUCUCGAGACGCACUCUUAAGAUCUCCAGUUAUAGUGAGUGUUGUUAUUGGAAGAGAAAAUAAGAUUCUAUCAUGUAGUAGUACUACUCGCUGCAGUGCAGCUGAAUUGGCAGAGAAUUUGUUUUCCGGGGGAGGUAUUAGCUGUUACGUUAUUCUGUGUGCUCUUUAAGCCCAGCUACAGUACUUAACAAAUGUUCGAGGAGAAAGCUGUGGAUUUAUGUUCCCCCCUUUUUUGGAAGAGUGUUGGCCAAUGUAUCAAAACGAACCAUCUGACAUAAAAUGUAGCAGGAAAUCAUUCUCUGUGCAUUGCAAGUUAGCUGGCUUUUAUUGAAACCAGCUAACAAAAGAUGCCUCAUUUAAAAAAACAAAAACAACCUGAGCAGGUUGGGCUGCACUUACCGCACAGAGAGAUGGGUUCAGGCAAUAACACUGACUGCACUGCUUUUUUGUACACCCAUGCUGCCCAAAUGGGAGAGAAGUGUGAUGCAGAACAUCAAAAAAAAUAAGAUUGGCACAGAGGGGGAAUGGGCAUGAAGGAUUACAUAUUACUAUUAGUCAGACUGCUUGUUUAAAAAAUAACUUGGGCACCUCAGACUGCUGAGUUUAUGGCUUAUUUCUCUGCCCUUUAUUGCUUUGAUGUUUUGGGAUUGGGAUACUUUUUGCAUUUUUAUGCAACACGACAACCUCAUUUUGCAUUAAGGUCCUCUGACCACUUCUUUGUUCAGCUAAAAUGUUUAUUUGCAAAUGAGGUUCCCUUUGUUAUGGUGAGAUGCUCUCCUGAGUGUUCUAAUCAAUGAGAAGUAGUAUUGCACAUUUAAUUUAAGCUCUUUUUAAAAUACGAAGUGUGACAAUGUUGAUCAGUUUAAAAUUCCCUUUUAUUUCUCAUUGGUCAGGACUGAUCCCUGUUCUCUCAGCCCUGUCGUUGCCCCCGAAAUACUUGCACAUGGAAUUUGGCUGUUUCGACGUAUGGUUUGGGUGGGAGGGCUGUAUUUGUUAAAAAUAUUCAAAUUAAAUUAAGCAUUCGUUGAGUGAACAGGGAUCUAACCGUGCAGGCGCUUGGCAGCUGCCUGUCUCUCGUCAGCCCACUGGCAGUAAUCGCCUCAGCAAAUGCUUUCAGGGCUAAAAUUGACGAUCCUUCAAGAUUUAGCGUGUCGCUACCUUUUGAUGGAAUGCUGCGUUUGCUGCCAGUGGCUGCCAUUUUGAGAACCUUAAAGACUGAGACAAGAGCAUCUUGCCCCAGAUUGGGCGCCUAAAUUGGAGUGUGUGUAACUAAAUUGUCUCAUUCUUUAAGUCUUUUUUUUAAAAUUUGUGGGGUGGUUAAAUUAGUGCUCGUGCUGCCCUGAUGCACAUGUUAAUCCUCUCUCGGCAUAUUAACUAUAACACAGCUUUUGUGUACAAUCUGGCCGUCCGUCACUUAACCUGUCGAGGAGGAUGUGAGAGGAGUCCGUUAGGGAUUUCUUUCAAAAACUGAUGCAUCAGUCAAAUAAAACGGGGAGGGGCCUCUGGGCGUUAUAAAAACAGGAUACGAUCUAUAGAUCCAAAAGUUAUGGUAAUGGGUAUAAAAAGGUUUGAAAAAGUUGCCCUUAGAUUUGGAUUUUUUUUUUUCUCAAAUGAAACGUUCAAGUGGAGUAAACCUUAUUUAAAAAAAAUCUCCAAAUUUAAGUGAAGAAUUUAAAGCCUGAGUUCAUUUUUUUAUUUGAUGGAAAUUUGGUCGUUAUUUAAUUGGCAGAUUUUUUUUCAGUGAAGCUAAUUUUACAAUGGACUUCAGUUUAAAGGAUGUCAUGAAUAUUAUUGGAUAAAAGAUUUGUUGAGAAUAAAGCUCACUGAAAUUUA